AUGGCCGAUGUUGUGAGCCUUAAUGUCGGAGGUACGAUAUACACGACAUCGCGAGCUACAUUGACUCGUUUUCCGGAUUCAAGGUUAGGGUCAAUGUUCAGUGAUCGGCUCCCUUCCAUCAAGGAUGAUAAGGGGAAUUACCUCAUUGACGGGGAUGGCUCCUUAUUUCGGUAUGUUCUGAAUUUCUUACGGAGGUCCAUUCUCGUCUUACCCGAAGACUUCAAAGAGCUCGACAUGCUUGCACAGGAAGCUGAUUACUACCAGAUCAAGGAAUUAAACGAUGCUGUGACUCAGAUCAGAAAUAAAGUUACCAUCGAUAGGGAGGAAGAAAAACGAGCUAAAGAACGCGUAAAGAAGCAAGAAUUCCUGGAGUCCAUUCUCGUCUUACCCGAAGACUUCAAAGAGCUCGACAUGCUUGCACAAGAAGCUGAUUACUACCAGAUCAAGGAAUUAAUUGAUGCUGUGACUCGGAUCAGAAAUAAAGUUACCGUCGAUAAGGCGGAAGAAAAACGAGCUAAAGAACUCGUCAAGAAGCAAGAAUUUCUGGAGAAUUAG